UCUGCUCACUUAUCAAUAUGGCUCUCUGUCUCAGGAUUAUUUAUAUCAUCACUGGACUAACAGGAGUUCACAGCAUAACUACAGUCAGUAAAGUAUCAGUGAAAACUGGGAAAUCUAUCUCCAUCCCAUGUCUCUAUGAGUCCAAAUACAGAAACCAUGUGAAGUACUUUUGUGAAGGAGCUAAAUGGAGAUCCUGCAACGAUGUAGUAAAAACAAACACAGCAGACCCUUCAGGAAAAUAUUCAAUCUCUGAUGAUAAAAACCAAUUUUUUUUUACUGUAACUAUAAACAAUCUGACAAAUGAAAACACUGAUUACUGGUGUGUGGUGGAGAUUAAUAAUGGACCGGAUUAUGGAGAGCAUUUUCAACUGUCAGUUACCAGUGGGACCCCCAGUCUCUAUGUGGAUCAUCAGAUGAUUACAGGAUACAUUGGAGAAAGCAUAACCAUCAGAUGUCACCACAGUAACUCUGGAGAAAUGAAGUGGUGCAGGCUGGGCAGGAACUGUGUGACAGGAUCAUCUGGAUCCAUAGAUGGAACAACAGUGACCACUUAUAUGAGCGAACCAAAUGUUUUCACAGUGACAAUGAGUGGACUACAGUCAGAGGACAGUGGCUGGUAUUGGUGUGCUAAAGGGGACAUUCAGAUACCAGUAUAUUUAACUGUUACUGAGAAACCAAUCACCACUACUGCCCAUACUUGUACUGGAGAUGGAACAGUUACCACAUUAAAAAAUAAACAACAAAGAGCUUCAUUUGACCUCAAGAUCCUCAUCAUCCGUCUGAGUGUGUUGAUCUUUAUUGUAAUUGUGGUGUUGUUCAUCUGGUUAAUACUGAGACACAAGCAGAGAAAAGCAGACUCAUCAGCCACAGCAAUGGUGGACCAGGAAGUAAUAUACGCCAAUGUGGGAAACAUUAGAUCAGCCUUCCUUCACCGUAGGUUCCCCAUGGCUGCUCAUCUCAUCGUUCUUUUCCUCUUCAGUGUGAAAACAGGAGUUCACAGCACAACUGUAGUCAGUAAAGUUUCAGUAAAAGCUGGAAAAUCUAUCUCCAUCCCAUGUUUCUAUCACUACCAAUACAGAGACCAUGUGAAGUACUUGUGUAAAGGAUAUUUUUGGAGAUUCUGCAAAUAUGCAGUGAAAACAAAUGAAGCAGACCCUUUAGGAAAAUAUUUAAUCUCUGAUGACAAAAAAGAGCAAAUUUUCACUGUGACUAUAAACCAUCUGACAAAUCAAAACACUGAUUACUGGUGUGGACUGAAGAAUACAGCACUAGAUAAUGGAGUGUAUUUUCAGCUGUUAGUUACCAAUGGUACUCCCAGUCUCUAUGUGGAUCAUCAGAGGAUUACAGGAUAUAUUGGAGAAAACAUAACCAUCAGAUGUCACCACAGUAACUCUGGAGAAAUGAAGUGGUGCAGGCUGGGCAGGAACUGUGUGACAGGAUCAUCUGGAUCCAUAGAUGGAACAACAGUGACCGCUCAUAUUAGCGAACCAAAUGUUUUCACAGUGACCAUGAGUGGACUAGGGACGAAGGACAGUGGCUGGUAUUGGUGUGCUGAAGGCGACAUUCAGAUACCAGUAUAUUUAACUGUUACUGAGAACACUACCACCACCCCUACUACUACUGGUAUUACUAUUCACACUGUUAAUGGAAAUGGAAAAUUUACUACAAUGGAGCAAUGGAAUAAUUUUACAAUAGUACAAAAUAGACAACACAGAGCUUCAUUUCCUUCAAAGAUCCUCAUCAUCCCUCUAAGUGUUUUGAUCGUGAUCGUAAUUGUGGUGCUGUUCAUCUGGUUUAUACUCAGACACAAACAGAGCAAAGCAGAAUCAUCAGCCACAGCAAUGGUUGGAGAGGAAGUAACAUACUCUGAAGUUAGAACCAAGAAAAAACGUUUACCCAAGAGUUCAUUUGCUGAAAGUGACAUGGAACUCGUGUAUAGUUCUGUUGUUGAGAAACAGCGUAAUAAAAGGGCUGAAGGAAAAGAAACAGAAGUUACAUACAGCACAUUAGCUAAUCUCUACUGAAAUGCUUUGACAUUCAAACAUUUAUGCAAUCUUAACUUUCUCUGUACCUAUGUUACUGGAGUCCUUGUGAGACAAAUGAUGUAAUGUGUUAUCUGAUGCCAUCAACAUGUUAUGUAGCAAAUAUUUUCUUCAUCUUUUCAAAGAUUUUGUAAAAAAUCUAUUGAGUUGUUCAAAAAUCAAAGUUGUUGUCACAGGCUGGGUCUUUGACCCUGCAUUU